AGGAGAGCAAUGUAUGUAAAGCGUUAUGCAUAGAGCAGCUCUAAUUUUCCUACGAAACUAAACAAACAAUGCAAUCCUUGGUCAAUCUGUCUAACCAUCUGAUCAAACCCAGAAACCAUGCCUCUUGUUGGUUUGUCCAAAAUUUUAAUUCAUGGGUUAAAGCUAUACGAAAUGCUCCUUCCCCCCAUGAAGCUUUGGGUAUCUACUGUCAAAUGCAACGUCAAUCUGUUCGUUUCGAUAGCUUCUCCAUGCUCCUUACGCUGAAAUCAUGCACCCAAUUGAAGAGUGAUGCAGUCAUUCAACAUCUCCAUGCCCACAUCCUUAAACUUGGCUUUAGAUCUGAUCUAUAUGUGGCCAGUGCACUCCUCAAUGCGCACUCUACUGCCUCGCUUGAAGAUGCCUGUGUACUGUUCGAUGAAAUGCCUGACAAGAACACGGUCACCUGGAAUACAAUGAUUUCUGGGUAUUUGAGAUCUGGGGAUGUAAAGAGAGCGCGUUUGGUUUUUGAGGAAAUGCCAUUGAGAGAUAUCGCUUCAUUUUCUGCCAUGAUCAGUGGGUACGUGCAAAAUGGCAAUCAUAAGCAUGCCUUAUUGCUCUUUCGGAGUAUGGUAAUGAAUGAGAACGAAGGUAUAAGACCUGACGGAGGGAUUGCAGUCUCAGUUUUAUCCUCUUGUGCCCGCAUGGGUACCCAUGGGCUGUUGUUGGGGAAAUCAGUUCAUGGGUUUAUGGUCAAGAAUCACUGGGAGUUGAAUGUGGAACUUGGCACCACAUUGGUUGACAUGUAUGCUAAGUGUAGGUCUUUGAAAGGAGCUGCAACGGUUUUUGAAUUGAUGCAAGAAAGAAGUGUCACGUCUUGGACUGCAUUGAUUUGUGGAUCAGCACAACAUGGCUGCAGCAGAGCAGCAUUUUCCUUGUUUGGGAAGAUGCAACAAGCCGGUGUGAGACCUAGUGAACAGACUUUCACAGGAAUUCUUAGUGCUUGUAUGCACAAAGGACUAGUUGAGGAGGGGCGCAAAUACUUCAAGUUGAUGGAAGAAAGUGGCUUGGAGCCUACAAUUCAGCAUUAUGGAUGCAUGGUCCAUUUGUAUUGUAAGGCAGGACUGUUAGAAGAAGCUUAUGAGGUAAUUAAGAAAAUGAGACAUGAACCCGAUAUUUAUGUCUGGGAAUCUUUUUUGUCUGCUUGUAUGAAGCAUAAACGGUACGAGAUGGCGGAAAGAGUAGCUGAGCAAGCCAUGAAGAUGGUAAAACCAGGAAACGAUGAUCGGCUUUAUUCUCUUAUCUCGGAUUUGUAUGCUUUGGGUGGAAAGUGGGAUGAUGCUGACAGAGUGAGGAACUUCAUGGUCAAGCAAAAUGCGAGGACGGUUAAGGGCUCUAGGUUUGUUAGAACGGAUAGUAGAAUGUUAACAUUCCAUCUGUCCUCGGGCAACCCAUGAGAUUUACCUGGAUGAUAUUAACUUGGGUUGAGCUUUCAAUUUGUUAAGAUGGCUCAUUUGUUUUGUUAGAUUGAUCGCAAUAAUAACAUCCUUUGCUUUGAUUGUCAUAGGAUUUGUUGGAAUUUGGGAUUUGGGACAACAGUUGGAUGCUCCAAUCUGAUUGAGGAGUAGUUCUGAGUU